AUGGCAUCACCAAUUACACAAGUACAUAACCCAGCAGAUCAAAAUCAUAGUAUAAAUAAUUAUCCACAAAAAUCAAAAAAAGAUGCAACUAAAUCCAAGAGAAAGAAAAUAUUCAAAGCACUUUUUUGUUGUUUUAGUGAACAGAGAUUAGUAUCAAAGCAAGAACUCACAAAUGUACCAACAUCAGACUCUCUGAUGAAGCCAAUGUCACCGAAUCUUUUGGGCAAAAAGACAUUGGUGUUGGAUCUCGACGAAACACUUGUACAUUCUAGUUUUAAACCGGUGGCCAAAGCAGACUUUAUUGUGCCCGUUGAAAUCGAAGGCCAACUGCACCAAGUCUAUGUGUCUAAGCGUCCACACGUCGACGAGUUCAUGCAAGCAAUCUCACAAAAGUUUGAAAUCGUUGUAUUUACAGCGUCUCUAGCUAAAUAUGCCGAUCCAGUACUCGAUCUGCUGGAUCCAAAUCGUUUUGUACAUCAUCGUUUAUUCCGUGAGGCCUGUCACCACCACAAAGGAAACUUUGUCAAGGAUCUCUCUCGAUUGGGACGUGACUUGAAAACAACAAUCAUCAUCGAUAACUCGCCAACCUCUUAUUUAUUCCAUCCAGAGAAUGCCAUCCCAAUCGACAGUUGGUUUGAUAAUGAAAACGAUAUAGAAUUACUCGAUGUAUUGCCACUUUUAGAUAGUUUGACUCAAGUUGAUGAUGUAAGAACUUGUUUAGAUGAAAAUAAUUUAAUGGAAUCAACAAUUAGAAUUAAACAACUCGAAUCACCUAAUUCCACUACCACUACUUCUCUAAAUCUAUUUAAAUAG